GGACAAAUAUCGCCAAGAUUAUAAUCGACGUGAAGGAGGGUCUCAAUAAGGCAAUUGCUUCAUUCUCGGUUUGUAAAUUUUUCUUUCGAGCGUUGAAUGUUGGCCGGCUUAAUGACUUUACAGGCGGAGGCAACGACGUUGAACCUCCUUCAGACAAUUCAGUCAUCGAUGCAAUCGGAGCUGUCGAGACUGAAGCCCGCCCCUGCCGAGCACAUUCACGUGAAGAGCAAGUCAGAGUGCCUCCCAACCACUCAGGACAAGAUACAGGAAUCCAUACUCAAUCAUUUGAAGGACACGAAGAACCGAUUUGUCUGGUUACGGGGAUCCCCUGGGUCGGGGAAGACUGCUAUAGCUAUGAGUGUUGCAUCCACCCUUGAGGCGCAAGGCACUCUAGCAGCGUCCUUUUUUUGGGAUAAGAACCAGACUGGAUCGGGCCUCGAUUCUACUAAACGGUUCCCUUCCACGCUGGCACAUCAACUUGCAUCCUUCGAUGAGGACUUCAAGAUGUCACUUGUUAGGCGCCUUCGGCAGCGAGAUCUGCAAUUGGUCCAGGAUCUGCCUCUGGACAAGCAAAUGAAGGCUCUUGUUAUCGAGCCGAUGCGCAAUCUGAGGGCGAUACUACCCUCCGAAACAGAUCGCCUUGUCAUUGUCUUAGAUGGCUUGGACGAGUGUGGAGAUCUAGAAGCACUCGAAUGUCUGAUGGGGCUCGUCCUUAUCCUCGAAGAGCUGCCAGCCACAUUCGCGGUAUUCGUCAGCUGUCGCCCUGAGUCACCGGUUGUAUCGGCUUGGGAUGAAGCUCGAAAUCAGGGUCUUGUCAUACCAUGCAAAGAUGUGGAUAUAAUUACAAAGGAGGAGAAGUAUCACACAAUCCGUUGCAUGGUGGAGCAUGGCCUUCGAGAUCGUAUUAAGAAGUCUCGAUGGAAACCUUCCGAGGAAGAUCUUCAUGCUUUCACUUUGGCUUGCCGUGAAUUGCCUGUUAUGGCCUCAAUCCGAAUCCGUGAUGUCAUGUGGUGGACCGGGCACGGCCGCACCCUGCAGAGGGAGUUCCAGGACUUGCUCAAUCUCGCUGAUGCACCCAUCGAUCUCAACCGGGAGUACUUGCGAAUACUCCGAAGAGCCUAUGUGCGCAGUUCAUCUGCAGUUCCCCUGGAUGUAGCCAAAAUGUAUCGCCUAUUGGUUGGCACGAUCAUUGCGGCGCAUAGGUCACUGAGUGUGUAUUCUAUGUCACAGCUUUUAGGAAUUGCCGAGGAUGAGGCCCAAGCCACAUUGGAACCGAUCAGUUCAAUCAUUGAACUCCCCUCAGAUGACAUGGCAGGUGUUAAAUUCUAUCAUGCCACGGCGAAAGAAUUCAUAACGGGGGAUCCAAUUGGUAAUGAAAAUGAUAAAAUAUUUUUUAUCAACGACAAGAAAGGAUAUUUUCUUGGACUGCUACUCCUUCGGAUUUUCAAUAAUUGUUGCAAGCGGAAUGAAUUUAGGAUACCCACUAAUCCCCCUCUCAGUGACAAAGAAAAAUGGGCAGAUUUUAAAUCCUUCAGCCAUCAGCCCGAUUACAUCCAAUACAUUCGCUACGUACUCUACCACCUGGACCCGGCAAAACUCUUUUCCCAAGAGUCCAAUGACAAUGAAUUGCAGAACGAGUUCAAUUCCUUCCUUACACGAAACUUCCUUACAUUCAUGCACGUGGGUGGGUACCCUGGCGCGCCACCAGGAUUUUAUGAAUUCAAUGUAAGUUUGAGCCGGUUCAUAUUACAUUUAUUUGACACCACUUUCGAUAGAAUCAUGAUGUAAUUGAACUCCUCCGAGAAUGUGCGGCCAUGGAUGGGGUUGCCAUUCCAUGGUUGCAUCACCGAUCUAUGUCUCUUUGCUACCCACCCGAAUCAUCUCUUUAUAAACUAUAUGGU